GAGAAUUAUUCGCCCAGAGUGUACAUUUGUGCUCUGACGGAUAAGCUCAGUGUGGAGAAGGUCAGGGACCUGGAAGAUGGCAAUGAGGAUUACAAAAUUAUAGAGAUUUACAGAAGUCGGGAAGUUCGACAAUCGUACUUCACUUCUAUUUGGACCACUGUGUUCGCCAUCCUCAACUGUCUUUCAAUCUUAUGGAGGAAAAAUCCGGAACUUAUUUUAUGCAACAGUUCUGGCACUUGUGUUCCUUUGAAAUGACUCAUAGCGCUCCUAUGAUAACAAUACCCUGGGAAUUGCUAGCAAAAGAAUUGGAACAUAUACCCAUGGAAAUAAAACUACAUUUGACACCCAUAAUAAAUGUGCUAUAUACAUCUAACAAACAAUUAGCUUCAGAAGCAUGGAUAAAUAAUUCAAUAACAAGAGUAGAAGCUUGUUUAGACCGCACAUGGGAACUAUUGAACUCAGGCUACUGGAAAGAUGUUCCAAUAGGAUAUAGAUAUUGUUAUUCUCUGUGUGUCGCUCUAAAGGCAGUAUUAUUAGAAAUUCAAUAUGAAAUCAAUGUUGAAAGCUUCAAUGAUAAAGAGGAGAAGAAAAAGACUGUAUUAAAGAAAAUUAUUAACCAAAUUGAUAAAGGCAUUCUACUAGGUGCACCACUUCCUAGUGUACCAAAUUUAUUGACAACUAUUGCUACAAAACUAAACAGCUAUUGCACUGAGGGCUCUAGCAUUAUAAAUCUGGAAGAAAUUUCAAUCACUCACAAGGAGAGUGAUUUAAUCUCUAAUUAUCCGGAUAGAUAUUUUGAGAGACCUUCGAUGCAGACAUUUUACAAUAAAAUUUUUGUGCCCAAACUUCCGGCCAUAUUAACAGAUUGUAUGAAUCACUGGAAAGCACUAACAUUAUGGAAAAAUCCUAAUUACUUAAAUAAGAUCGCAGGGUCUCGGACAGUACCGAUCGAAAUUGGAUAUAGUUAUACUGAGGAAGAUUGGACUCAACAUCUUGUCAAUUUCUCUGAAUUUUUACAAAAGCACGUUAUUGCGAAUAAUAGUGAAGUCGGCUAUUUAGCGCAGCAUCAAUUAUUUGAACAGAUACCAGAAUUAAAGGAGGAUUUUGAAGUGCCGGAAUAUUGCUGUUUCUCGGAUAAUGAGGAUAAAGAUAUGGAAUCAUCAGACGUUGACAUAAAUGCCUGGUUUGGACCUGUUGGUACAGUGUCUCCUUUGCACUUUGAUCCGAAAAAUAAUCUGCUCUCACAGAUAUUUGGUUAUAAAAGAGUUAUCUUAUAUUCUCCGAUUGAGACAGAUAAUCUGUAUCCCUAUGAUACCAAAUUACUUAACAAUACUGCGCAAGUAGAUCCGGUGAGGCCAGAUUAUGAUAAGUGGCCAAAUUUUCGUAAAGCUGAUGGCAUGACGUUCCAUUUGAAACCUGGAGAAAUGCUAUAUAUUCCACCAAAAUGGUGGCAUCACGUGACCGCUCUUACUCCUAGUUUUUCGAUCAGUUUCUGGUGGAAUUAAUUUUUAAAUAAAAUUAAAAUAAAACUUUUUUUAU